UGUGUUAGUUGCCUCUUGUGCUUCUCGCCUCUGGGUUGGUCGGGUUCGGUUCGGUUCAGUUCAGUUCUCUAGUCCCUAACAUUUGGCAGUGCUCGACGGGCCAGGGUGGAAGAUGGACGUGCUCGUUGCUGCCAAAUCUCUUGCGGCUAAGUCAUCCAGUGGUAGCGUUCAACUCUUGUUGAUUUUGUGAUCUUUUGUGUUUGUCCCCUUGUGCUCUUGUGAAAUCAAGAACGAAACGGAUAUCAAAAAUUUGUGAAAAGAUUCAUUUGUUUUCUGUUUUGCCGCAAUUAAUUAAACGAAAUUACAAAUAAUGGCAAGUGCCAGAAAGUCAAGUCGGCGAAGUUUGCCCAUGAUGUUCAUGUCGAAUCAGCACGUCCAGCGAACCACCAAUGUGGCUAAUCAUCAGGCCAUCAUUUCUGACUCAUCUGUUGGUUCUUUAACACACGACCUAGAUUUGUAUUACAUUCGACAAAUCGCCAGUCAUAUGAAGGAAUACGAUCUGGAACAAAAGAUCGAUGUCGAGAUCCGCAUUCGCGAAGGUACAACCAAGUUGCUGGCCGCCUGCCAACAUCCCAGCCAGGCCCUGGAAGCGGCCAAGACGUUACACACGUCCAACGAACGCAUGAAUGUCUACAUGACGGAAUUGCAAUCGCGAAAACGCGAGUUGUCGAGACCGGCGGCCGCCGUAACAACGUCAACGUCCUCAUCCCGCACGAGGAAAUCGGCGUGCCCGGCGCGACUCGGCUUGACGGAUUUACGCUUCCCGCUCAUGUGGAAAGAUACGGACCACUUCAAAAAUCGCGGCGACUAUCGCCGCUUUGCCGUUUUUUGCUUGGCCAAAGUUGGCACCGAAGUGAUGGACACGUCGCUCAUCACGCCCGUCGACCGCUCAGCAACCGACAUCACCUUUCCCGAUGCGCUCGUCUUCACUUCUGCCCAGCCAGAUUUCAAAUUGAAGUUGGAAGUGUACUCGUGCAUGCUGCAGGAUGAUUUGUCUAUCGCGUCAACGCCCCGCAAGCUGCAAAAAUCGCUACACUCGUCCAUUUCCCGGACGUUGGGCCGCAAAUUAUCGGCCACGCUGAAAGAUUCUCACGGCCUCAAGAUGGGACCGAAAUUCGAUCUAGUGGCCACCGUAACACUCGGUUUGGAUGAGGUGCACGACUCCGUCAAAUCUCACGAUCUAGUGCUUGAGAAUUUAGAAAAUCCCUGCCACCAGCUGCCUCUGUUCGACCAUUUUUGCUGCCGUCUUGCCGCCGAACCAGAUUGCCUAUCGAUUGAGCAGACGGCCAAUGUGACACUGAAACAUCACAAUAAAAUCAUCCAGAAAGCUUCCGGCAGUAGCAAGUCGAGCAAAUCGGAUCCGCCGACCGUGCUGGCGGCCCUGAGCGGAUUCAACUUGGCUUUCUGGAAAAAGAAAGAACAUCGACAAGACAAGAAUCGGAACCCUCUUCUGUCCGUCUCGCUUGGCCAAGGCGCGACCAUGGCCGACGACCACGGCGAGGUUGUCCUCACCGCCAUGGACGAUGACGAAGGCGAGGAAAAGCGUAUCGAGUUCCGGUGCUCCGACAGUAGUUUCAUAUCGGCCUUGAGUCAGCGCAUCGUCGACGCCAGCGCAUGGGGUCCGAAAGUAUCUCGCAGUCAAAUGGUAAUCCAUUCUCCUCAACCGACGAACGGUUCUCCCAACAGCCGGUGGGCUCCACGAUCCGGUUCCCUCUAUGAAGAUAUUCCACUUUUCGAAGAGCCACAGAAGUCAUACAGCAAAAGGCCGACCGUGCACGAAGUCUUUAGUUUAUCCAACAACCGAUCGACAGGAAUGGUGGACGGGCUGGAUAACGGCUAUAAAAGCAGCUCGAGGCUACAAAGUCAAACGGCCAUGCACCCGCCUCCUUCGCCACCGUCGCCGCCAAACACCCGGUCCAGGUCUUCGAGUACUUCAACUUCGUCAGGCUCUUUGCCCAGCUGGGGCUCCAUGAGGGGUUUGCCCAAUUUUUUUCGUUUUACUCGCACCAGCAUUCGGAAAUGACGAUGAAAACUAAUGGUUGACAAUUGAGCAAAAAGCAGAGCCACAAACGUCACUACACUUUUUAUCAGGAGCCUUGUGUGUACAACAACAGAAAAUGAUAAAGACAAAAAGAAUCUUUUAUGUUCCCAGUUGUUCCCCUUUCCUCUUGAAUCGUUAACGAAAUUUAAAUUUACAGAGUGUGCCUGUUUGUGUAUGAAUGAAUGCGCAUGUAUAAAAGUGGACGAUGAAUGGAAAAAAAAGAGAAAAAUCUCACGAUCGACGAGUCGUGUUUACGUAAAAAGGUAAACAGUCUGCCUUUAUAACAAUUAAUCUAGAAAUACAACGAUUGAAUAUUCAAA